UUUUAUUCGUGUGUGUACACUCGUUUAUUUUUCGGUAACGCAUUUAUCUUUGGCCGAUUUGUGUGUUAUCUGCACCACCGCCGCGACGGUCAGUAGCCAUCUAGACCGUCUCCGCUAAACGUCUCCGCGGGGCUUGCUGCAGCCGCUACCAGUUACCGCGACAACACGCGCGUCAACCAAAUUUCGUGCUCGCCAGUUUUUUGUGUCGCCUACUCACGGACCAAUACCUCGAUUUAUAUCAAAAAUCCCAGUAUCUGAAACUACUAUAAUGAACCAAGAAACUUCAGAGCCUUCCGAAAACGACCAAGUAUUAAAAACGCAUAACGAUGAAGAUCAAAGAAGAAAACCCAUGUUUUUAUUUAGUGUGGAUUACAUAUUGAAUAAAGCCGGAGAGACGAAUACCGAAGACGACACCAACCAGCAAAAUAAACAGCAUUUCGACUGGUUGUAUUGUACACGAUUCAAGCCUCCAAAACUCGACAGGAUAAAAAGAAAAGAUGGACAACAUAGACAGAAACGAAGGCCUGGACGUAAUCCAAGGAUACCAUUUACCACUCAACAAGUUACAGUAUUGGAACAUGAAUUCAGACGGAGCGCAUAUUUAGGAGGAACUAAUGAUGUACACGUAUUGUCUGACAGAUUGAGACUAUCGGAAAGUAGAAUUAAAAUAUGGUUUCAAAAUCGCAGAGCCAGAGAACGCAGAGAUCAUCAUAGUGGCAGUUUUCCUGGAUCAUCUUGCAACUCUACUAACUAUUCUUCUCAACAACAACGACUUCCAAUAUCAUCUACGUCUGCGUUCAAACCAUUGAUGCCAUCACACACUUAUGUGGAAGGAACUGAUUCUUCGUCUUAAAAAUCGAAUUUAUAAAAAAUAUAUCUUAGAAAACAUAAUUGAUUUAAUGUGAAAUGUUUCCGGGAAACUUUACAUUGGAUAUUUUAAAUAUUAAUUUGUAUUAUUGUAAUAUAAUGUGAUUUAUAUAGGUAUAAUUUCAAAUAUUGUUUAAUAGCUGACGUUCUUAUACGUUACACGUUGUAUAGACCGUUGUUUUGAUUUACGUUUUGAUUUACAGGCUUGUGUAAUAUAUCAAAUACUAAAUUUGAGAACAAUUAUAUUAUUUUAAUCGAGUGAAAAGUGAAACAACACUUCUCGUAGUACUUAUUUGUUGCACUUGAUAUUUAAAGUGUUGGGUAAAUUUAAAUUGUAUGUAAAUAUUUUAAAAUUG